AUUUUCGACAUGAAUUCAGAUUAAUCCGACCAAAACAGUUACCUAACGGCUCCAAAAAAAAAUUUAAAAUUAAACAAGCAUCACAUCACUAAUUCACUAUAAAUCAAGAUGCUACAUCUCCAAAUUCUACUCACUCUAUCCAAACUUAACAAUGGUUUCCAAAAUAAUUUCCCUAUCCUUUUUUCUUCCUUUGCUCCUCUUGUUCUCCCUCUCCUCAGCCAAAGCACCUUCGAAACCUCGAGCUUUUCUUCUUCCUAUAACCAAAGAUGAAGCCACUAAACAAUUUAUCACAACCAUAUACCAAAGAACACCCCUUGUCCCAGCAAAACUUACUAUCGAUCUUGGUCAACGGUUUUUAUGGGUUGAUUGUGAUAAAGGUUAUGUUAGUUCAUCUUAUAAACCUGUCCCUUGUGGUUCCAUCCCUUGUAAACGUUCUUUCUCCGGUGCAUGUGUUGAAUCAUGUGUAGGUUCUCCUUCACCAGGAUGCAACAAUAACACUUGUGGACAAACUAUUUAUAACCCCUUUAUUCGUACUAGCACUAGUGGUGAACUUGCUCAAGAUGUUGUCUCACUUCAAUCAACCGAUGGUUCGAACCCUCGUAAAUACUUAUCAACAACAAAUGGAGUAGUUUUUGGAUGUGGUUCUACUUUCCUUCUUGAGAAACUAGCAAAGGGUGUUAAUGGCAUUCUUGGACUUGGAAAUGGUUAUGUAGGAUUUCCUACUCAAUUAGCUAAUGCUUUUACUAUACCUCGAAAAUUCGCUAUAUGUUUGAGUUCAUCCACAACUUCUCGUGGUGUUAUCUUCUUUGGUGAUAGUCCUUAUGUUUUUCUUCCAGCUGGAAUUGAUGUUUCAAAGAGACUUGUUUACACUCCACUUCUCAAUAACCCUGUUAGUACAUCAGGGUCAUAUUUCCUAGGGGAGCCUUCGGUGGAGUAUUUCAUUGGAGUAACAUCUAUUAAAAUAAAUGGUAACGUCGUGCCAAUAAACACCACAUUAUUGGACAUAACUAAAGAUGGCAAAGGUGGAACAAAAAUUAGUACGGUUGAUCCUUACACAAAAUUGGAGACUUCGAUUUACAAUGCUUUAACAAAGGCAUUUGUUAAAUCGCUAUCUAAGGUUCCAAGGGUGAAACCCUUGGCUCCAUUUGAAGUGUGUUAUAAUAGGAGUAGUUUGGGUAGUACUCGAGUUGGCCCUGGCGUUCCACCUAUUGAACUAGUGUUGGGCACUACAUCUUGGACUAUUUGGGGUUCGAAUUCUAUGGUGGCGGUGAAUGAUGACGUGCUUUGUCUUGGAUUUGUGGAUGGAGGAGUUGAAUUUGAACCAACAACUUCUAUAGUCAUUGGAGCACAUCAAAUUGAAAACAAUUUUUUGCAAUUUGACAUUGCUAACAGAAGGUUGGGUUUUACUUCAUCACUUUUGUUUAGUCAAACAACAUGUGGCAACUUUAAUUUUACAUCCAAAGCUUGAUGGUUUUUAAUCUGAAUAUCAGAUUUUGAUGAAGGAACAGUUGUAGUAGUGAUUAAUUUCUUUUAUUUUCCAUGGAGUUGGGCCAAGAAUAAAUGUACUAUCUAUUUUCUUUUGGUAGUUCAUUUUCUAAUUGCCAUAAUGGCCUGGUCAAUUA